AUGCCCCGGGAGGCGGGGGCUGGCUGGCUGCGGAGCAUCUCGGCCCGGCCGGCCGGGCGCUACAAUCAGCCGGGCGGGGAGCGCAGCCCCGCGGGCCGCCCGGGGCCCUGCUCCAGCCUGGUCCCGAUCCCUGCGUCCUGGGGCCACGGGGCCGGAGGCCAGGGGGAUGGCCGCAGCGGGCUCUGCUCAGGUAGGAUGCUGGCCCCGGGCCCCGGGCCAGCGGUGGUGGCGUUCGAGGACGUGGCGGUCUAUUUCUCCCCGGAGGAGUGGGCAGCGUUAGCGGAAUGGCAGAGGGAGCUGUACCGGGACGUGAUGAGGGAGAACUAUGAGCUGGUCACCUCGCUGGUAGAUGAUGGAAUCAGGAUUAAAAAGGAGGAGCAGGAGGAAGACACAGAGACCCCGGAACCGCCCAGUGCAUUCUCGGGAAAGUUGGAGGAAGGGAGCAGCCCGCCGCAGUGUGUGAAGAAGAAGAGUGGCCUGGCUCGAAGCAAAUCCCGCCAGAAGCUGCGAAGCUGGGUGGCGAAUGCUCAGGACAAACCCCCGAGGGCUCCUCCCCAAAAAGCCUCGCUAAAGAAGAUUCCCCCGACGUGUCCGGAGUGCGACAAAAGCUUCAAGAGUAACACAGCCCUGACCAUCCACGAAAGGAGUCACACGGGGGAGCGGCCCUUUAAAUGCCCUGAGUGCGGGAAGGGUUUCCCAUCCAAGGGGGACCUGAAGAGACAUCAGAAAACCCACGUGGGAAAGGAGGAUGCUGCCCCCGAGAGAGGGAGGAGCCUUUCUGAGAAGCUGCAGAGAAGCCCUCAGGCACCCAAGCGGCCGUACACGUGCGCUCAGUGCGGGAAGAGCUUCAACAAGAGCAGAGACCUCAAAAAGCAUCAGCGCACCCACACGGCGGAGAGGCCGUUCCUGUGCCUGCAGUGCGGGAGCAGCUUCCGGCUCAAGCAGAUCCUCGUGUCCCACCAGAAAGUGCACAGGGGAGUGAAGCCGUUCCAGUGCUCGGACUGUGGGAAGAACUUCAGCCAGAAGCACCAUCUCUUGAGCCACCAGCGCACCCACACCGGGGAGAAGCCCUUCUCCUGCGCUCAGUGCGGACACAGGUUCAGCCAGAAGCACCAUCUGAUCAGCCACCAGCGCAUCCACACGGGGGAGCGGCCUUUUGCCUGCCCCGAGUGCGGGAAGAGCUUCAAGGACAAGAAAACCCUCAUCAUCCAUGAGCGGAUCCACACAGGCGAGAGGCCCUACAAGUGCAACGAGUGCGGGAAGACCUGCAGCCAGAAGCAGCACCUGAAAAGCCACCAGAGGCGGAUCCAUACGGGUGAGAAGCCCUUCACCUGCGCCGAGUGCGGGAAGCGCUUCACGCAGAAGCAGCACCUCACCACCCACCAGCGCACCCACACCGGGGAGCGCCCCUUCUCCUGCGCCCAGUGCGGCAGCAGCUUCCGGCUGAGGAAGGUCUUCCUGACCCACCAGCGGGUCCACGCCGGGGAGCUGCCCUUCACCUGCGCCGAGUGCGGGAAGAUCUUCAACCACAAGCACCACCUGAUCACCCACCGCCGCACCCACACGGGCGAGCGCCCCUUCCCCUGCGCCCAGUGCGGCAAGCGCUUCACCCAGAAGCACCAUCUACUGAGCCACCAGCGCAGCCACACGGGCACACGACCCUUCUCCUGCGCCCAGUGCGGGAAGAGCUUCAAGGACAAGACACCUCUGAGCAUCCACCAGCUCGUGCACACCGGGGAGAAGCCGUUCUCCUGCGAGGCUUGCGGGAAGAUCUUCAGCCACAAGCACCACCUGGUGAUCCACCGGAGAACCCACACUGGCGAGAAGCCCUUCACCUGCGCCGAAUGCGGCAAGCGCUUCACGCAGAAGCACCAUCUCGUCAGUCACCAGCGCAUCCACACCGGGGAGCGCCCCUUCGCCUGCGCCCACUGCGGGAGGAGCUUCAAGGACAAGAUCACCCUGAAGCUGCACGUCAGGCUGCACACCGGGGAGCGGCCCUUCGCCUGCGCCGAGUGCGGGGAGAGCUUCCGCCUGAAGAAGGUGCUGCUCACCCACCAGCGGGUGCACACGGGGCAGGCCCCGCUGAUCUGCACCGACUGCGGGAAGACCUUCAAUCACAUGCAGCGCAUGGCCAUGCACCAGACGAGCCACCACGCCCAGCAGGGGCCGUUCCGGAGAGCUCAGCGCGGGGAGAGCUGCUCGGGGAAACCACAGCUCCGACUGCCCCAGCAGGGCCAGCCCGCCGGCUGCUCGGCGCACGCAGUGACCUUCCAGCCGCCAGCACCCGGGGGCUCCCCCUACGCAACAGGCGGAGUAAGUCCUGGGCCUCAAUUAUACACGGAGCCGGCCCCGCGGGAUCACCCAGAAGAAACCAUCUGA